AUGCAUCCUUCUCGGGGCGAGAUUGCUGUCAAAGUUCCUCCGAGCAGGGAGAAUGAAGACAUGUUGGAAUCGGCUUCUACUAGCACCCAGGAGCUCGGCUUCGACAUGAAGGCUACCAAGAAGUUAAUCAGAAAGCUGGACUGGACUCUCCUCCCAUUUUUAGCACUACUCUAUCUACUCUCGUUCCUCGACCGAACAAACAUCGGAAACGCUCGCCUUGAUGGGCUGGAGAAGGACCUGGGCAUGGCAGGCUUGAACUACAACAUUGCACUUGCUGUCUUUUUCCCAUUCUACGUUGCUGCGGAGGUGCCGUCUAACUUGAUGAUGAGGAGAACCCGUCCCUCAAUCUGGAUACCAUCUAUCAUGGUCACCUGGGCCAUCUGCUGCAGUCUGAUGGGCAUUGUCCACAACUUUGCUGGACUCCUUGCCGCUCGUGCUGCGUUGGGUAUUGCAGAAGGAGGGCUGUUUCCGGGAGUGACAUUUUAUAUCACAAUGUGGUAUCAGAGACAUGAAUGUGGCCUCAGGAUGGCCAUCUUCUUCUCCGCGGCAACAGCUGCUGGAGCGUUCGGCGGGUUACUGGCCCGUGGUAUUAUCGUGAUGGACGGGGUCGGCGGCAAACCCGGCUGGGCAUGGAUUUUCAUCCUGGAGGGCCUGUUUACGCUUGUCAUCGCUGGAGUGGCUUUCGUUGUCAUGAAUGAUUACCCGUCUACUGCAAAGUUCCUGACUCCUGAGGAGAGAAAAGAAGUCACCCGCCGUCUAGAGCGGGACCGAAGCUCACUCGCCGACGAAUUUGAUAUGAAAUAUCUCUGGCAUGCUAUCAAAGAUUGGAAAAUCUGGGUUCACAUGUUCAUUACCAUUGGGAUCUAUACUUCUCUCUACUCCGUUGCGCUCUUCCUACCAACGAUCAUGAAGACUCUCGGCUAUACGAACGCGACUUCUCAGCUUAUGACGGUCCCCCCAUACAUUAUGGCUUGCUUCUGCUGUAUUACUGGGGGCUUUGCGGCGGAUAGACUCAAGACUCGAGGCGUUUUCAUGAUCGGCUUCAGUUGCACCGCAUUAACCGGACUUAUCAUGCUUAUUUCCUCCCAAAACCCACAUGUCAAGUACGCAGGUUGCUUCCUUUUUACUGCUGGUAUCUAUGCCAAUGUUCCACAAGGCGUUGCCUGGAAUGGCAACAAUAUCGGCGGGACCGUCAAGCGCGGGGUGGGGAUCGCCAUGCACGUGGGAUUUGGGAAUCUUGGCGGUGUGAUUUCAGGUUUCAUCUACCUGUCUACGGAUUCUCCCAAGUUCACAAAAGGCCAUGCUAUCUUGAUCGGGAUGGUCGCAAUGAGUACAGUUCUAUCAAUGUUUAUGACCAUCUACCUACGGCGCGAGAACGCCCGUCGAGACCGCGAAUAUAAGAGCCUGGACCAAUACACGGCCGCAGACAAGUUUGCGGAGAGAGAGGCGGGCGAUAACGCAACGUUUUUCCGUUACACCGUCUAG